AGCCGUCUGCGGUUUACUCUCAACGCCGCGUGCGGGCCGCCCAUCGACAGCCCCUCGAAGCCGCUGCGGCUGCAGGUGCGGUGCCAGCGGACUGAGGCGCAGGGUCUGCAGGCGGCUUCACCGUGGGGGCCCGCGGCGCGGCCGGGCCCAGCACCGCCCGCACUUCCUCCUGCGACGCGCAGGCUUCCCCCUGCUGCGGCUGCGCGGCUUUGUCCUUUUCGCCCGCAGCGCCAGCUUCGCCCGUCAACUGCUGCGCACCUUGCGGCCCUGCUGCGCCUCCGGUCGCUUCCUGCGGCUGUAGGCCUUUUCCAACUUAUGGCGUCCCUUUCAGUUGCGCUCCCCCGGCGCCUUCUUGAGAGCCCCCUCGAGGCGCAUCCUCGUCCUCUUCAGCUGCGCCUCCAAUGGACGGUUGCAUGGUGCAAGUGUGCAACACGCCAUGUGCCUCGUCGCCCGAAACAGUAG